GUCAUCUUCAAUCAGAAUUCUGAAUCAGAAUAUCUGAAAGGAUUUAAAAAAAAAAGAACAAUUUUUCUGCUUGUACAGAUAGCACUUUUAAAAAAGGAUCUCGAAUUUUGAUUUAAGAAAACACCGGAUAUUGUUUCAAGAAAACUUAUUAUCCAAAAUUUAUUUACUAUUUUAUGAUAUAUCUAUGGAUGUGAACGUAUUCCAUUAAUAAAUGUGCAUGUAUCAGACCUUGAUAACUAAAUAACUAUAUAUAUACGUUUCUAUAUGUAUAAAUAUUUGAUCUUGUGAACUAUUGAAUUAAUUUCGGAAGAUGGGUAGUAUAUUGGAGGCAACAAUAAUCCAUCAUGUCUGCAUAGUGCUGAUUUUGCUAUGGUUACUCGAUUCAUUCAAGUGUUGCCACCCAGUUGCCUACUUUCUUUCCCUCAUCUAUCUCUAUCUGGUCCAUGAUUUGUAUGAGACGAGAUUGAGAAGGAAACUGCAGUUUGAGGAGAGAAGACAAUCCAAUCAAAGACGGGUACUUUCGCAUUCGGAAACUGUGAGGUGGUUGAACCAUGCUAUUGAAAAGAUCUGGCUUGUCUGCAUGGAAGAAAUAGUUUCUCAAAAAAUUCUUCUCCCAAUUGUUCCAUGGUUCUUGCAAAAAUAUAAACCUUGGACUGUGAAGGAUGCUGCGGUUCAGCAUUUGUACCUGGGAAGAUCCCCGCCUAUAUUCACUGAAAUGAGGGUGCUUCCAGAAUCCAAUGGUGAUGAUCACUUGGUAUUGGAAUUGGGAAUGAAUUUUUGUACUGCAGAUGAUAUGAGUGCAAUUAUUGUAGUGAAAUUGAGGAAAAGAUUGGGAUUAGGAAUGCGUGCAAAGUUGCAUUUGUUAGGCAUGCAUGUUGAAGGAAAGGUCUUGAUUGGGGUGAAGUUCCUUCCCUACUGGCCCUUUCUUGGGCGUUUGCGGGUAUGCUUUGCCGAACCACCAUAUUUUCAGAUGACUGUGAAGCCUAUAUUCCCUCACGGCCUUGAUGUUACAGAACUUCCUGGUAUAGCUGCAUGGAUAGAUAAUAUUCUGGCCCUUGCCUUCGAGCAAACUCUGGUGCAGCCCAAUAUGCUGGUUGUUGAUGUUGAGAAAUUUGCUUCACCUGAACAAGGAAAUUGGUUCUCAAUUGAUGCCAAGGAUCCUAUUGCCUAUGCCAUAGUGGAAAUUCUUGAAGGAGCUAACAUGAAGCCAUCAGACUUAAAUGGGUUGGCUGAUCCAUAUGUGAAGGGACAGCUUGGCCCUUACAGAUUUCGGACUAAGACUCAAAAGAAAAAUUUAUCUCCAAAAUGGUAUGAGGAAUUCAAGAUCCCUAUCUGUACAUGGGAAUCGCCAAAUGUGCUCAUAAUUGAAGUUCGUGACAAGGACCGUUUAUUUGACGACCUAUUGGGAAAUUGUUCUGUAAACAUCAAUGAUCUUAAAGACGGCCAGAGGCGUGACGUGUGGUUGUCCCUUGAGAACAUAAAAAUGGGAAGAUUGCAUCUUGCAGUAACUAUGUCUGAAGGUGAUACUAAGGUAUCUUUUGUUCAUAUAUGUUUAUGGUCAAUGAAUGCAAUGCAGAAUGCUUAGAUGCCUAACACUUUCUUUGAAGGUCACACCCUAUUUAUCUUGAUUUUGAAGCCCUAAAUACUGGCAAUUAUUUGUUUGUCUGGAGUUGAAAGCAUA